GAGCACAGUGCGACUAUAGCCAAAGCGAUUUGAAACUUUUUCAAUGCACUCGGUUCUUUUAAUUUUCAUAGUUUUAAAUUGUCUAUUAUGGUGCUUUCAGGGUCAGACGGCAAGUGUCAGCAGCAACCAUCCCAGACUACCAAUGCCGCUUCAUUCUAUUAGCGCAGAACAUAUUUCCAAAGACUUUUAUUAUGCUAUCGAAAAAUCCGAUAGAAGUAAAGAUAAACUGCAGCGUAAACUUCUCCAUUUUUUUGAAAAUCUACAAAAAAAUUUGACUAUGUCAACCGUGCUUAGUGAUUUUGGAAAAAGUGACACGAGUGCUGAAAAUUAUAUAGUUAGGAUACAUGAAUUAUUAAAAUUUUUUUACGAAGCUUCAAACGUUUUUGAAGAGUUUUCAAAUGAUGUCGAAAAAUUUUAUGAGGCAUCAAAAAACUCUAGUCACGCAUUAUUGUUGAAACUACGCCAAGUCCCAACUGCUCAACCAAAAUAUGUUAAGGUUUUACUAACUAACUAUUUUGCGGAAAUGGAAUUCUUCAACAUAAUGUUUUCCGAGAUUGUUAACGAUGCCAUGGAAUAUACUGUUGGCACAUUAACCGCCAUUCAAAAAAUAUUUUUUUAUUACGCUGAAGCUCAAAGCUUUAUUCUUCAUAAUUGGAAAUUGAAACUAAAUCUAGAAUGCCGCGAACUGUAUGUCGAUUUUUUACAGCAUCAUUCAGCUAAGAUAUUUGAGUGUGCUGCAGGACAUAACCUAGAGCUUACAUAUGACGUGUAUGCCGUGACAAAGCUUAACGUCAAAUAUAUUAUGAAACAGCUUGAAUUUCGUAUUCAGCGACUUUUUAAUUGUUUUAUAUUUGGGAGCUAUGCAAUACAAUGUACAUUUCUCAAUAACGCAGACCGAGAUUUUGAAAAUCUAUUCAUAAAACUGGCAGAGUUAGAGAUGUAUUUGGAUAUAAAAACAAAAACGGGCUUGGUUUCCGUAUUAAGACGUCGUCGAGGACGUGAUGCUGAUGAAUUCACUAAAGCAGAUUCUAUUAUUGAUAAGUGCCUAUUAAAUGACUUCCCCCGGAAUCAAAUAUCAAAUCGUCUUAAAGGAUGUUUUUAUAAUUUUUAA